CCCCCCGAACCGCCUGGACACUCGAUUGCCGAAGCUCGUCCACGCCCCCAUGACCCUCUAUGACCGACGUCGAUGCCUUUAGGGAUGCAGAGCACAUCGCCGACGUCUCUGGCAUUACCCUCGAAGAUGUGGAGCCCGGAUCACCAGCGUCAACCAGCAAUGGCGGCGGCACCCGCAAUCAGUAUAACGGCCGCGUGAAGAAGCUCCAGUCCGCCGCAAAGGUUGCCUUUAUUGAUCGAUUACUUCGCGACCUUGAUAUAUUGAUAUAUUGCGAAUUAUCAGCGCUGUAUUAUAUGGACUGCUCCGUCACCUUAUUUGCAAUUCGUGCCGUUGUCCAACUAAUAUGCUUCACCCCUAAAGCGCCACCUUUUGACCCUACGCGCAAUCAGCCCUUCGUCGGCGCCAUCCUCGCCAGCAACCUAGUCUGCAUGAUCUUCCAUGCCUUUUUCAUCCGCCCCGAGGCCGGCGAAGCUACACGGGGAUACCUACAUGGCGGCUUAUUCAUCGAUUUCAUUGGGCAGAAGCCUGUCCCCGUGUUCCGGCUGCUUGCAUUCGAUACCCUAAUCCUGCUAGUCGAUAUUGUUAUGCUAGCCUUGAUCAUUGAACGGGUAAAGACCGUGAGUACCAAGGGGCUGGCCUCCUUGAUUCCAAAUGGAACUACAACGACAAAUGCGAAUGCAGAAACGAAUACAGCGCAAUCGGGACAACAAGACCAUGAUGCGGAGGAACGCGGGGUUCGCAGUAGUGAAGACGGGGGUGAUAUUGAUGAUUCUCGCGAAAACGAUACUACAAAUACCUCUCCAGUUCCCGAGAUUGACGAUGAUGUACAAGAUGAGCGUACGACAUUGCUAGCUGACCCCGGCGAAGGCGGUACGGGACCAAUUCCGCGGGGUGGCCACCCGUUAGACUCGUUCUCGACGGGUCAAGCAGUCAUUAUGGAUAUGGGCUUUUUCACGACAAUGCGUGAUCAAUGGCGACAUUCGGCCACGCCGGUCCGACGAGGGGAUCCUCGUUACGCACCCUCUCCGCAGGCUGCGACUUUCCUUCGAGAGCGCUUGGGGCUACAGGUUGGAGGUGAUGGCCGUAUUGUACGCAUAGAGCAAUGACAUUUCGGACAUGCAUGGUAUUGUUGUGUUUUCCGUGAUAUGUACUCUACUUUUCCGUAUUCCACACUCCCAUGAUGUGGACCACGAGUACUCGGUGCUGGCUAUAUGGAUGCUUAUACCAUACUCCUAAAUCGAGGGGUAGGUCUGGCGUAGAACCGUCGAGAAAAGAGCCUGUAUUUGAAAAGUAGAGCUGGCCAUAAUAAUGAUACAAAUCGAGCACCUCGAACAUGAAAUUUUCCUCCAAGCUUCCUAUCCACAUCUACCACCCUCUAAACAGCAGGCGGCUUCCCUUCCCCUUCACCACCUUUCCCCUCAUUCUGAACCCUCCUAUCCAAAAUCUCAUCCACAAUCCCCAACCCCAACGCCUCUUGCGCCCCCAUGAAAUAAUCCCUCUCCAUCAACUUCUCAAUCUCAUCCAACGACAACUUCUUCUUGCCCGUCAAAUGACGCUGAUAUAUCUGAUUGAGUUGGUGGCGCACGCGCAGGAUUUCCUUCGCAUGAAUUGCAAUAUCGGUUGCUUGGCCGAAGUAGCCGCCUGAGGGUUGGUGGAUCAUGAUCGAACUGUGUGGGAGACAGUAUCGUUUUCCGGGUUGACCGCCACAGAGGAGGAGGGAGCCCAUUGAGGCUGCUUGGCCGACACAGAUCGUGCUUACGGGGGAGGCAAUGUAGGUCAUUGUGUCGUAGAUUGCGAGG